AUGCGACUGCUCGGCCUUGUCGCCGCGUCGUCAGCGCUUCUGGCAGGCGCUGCGGGCGCUUCAACACUCAAGCCGCCUGUUCUUCCCCUCAUUGUUCGCAACCCCUAUCUGAGUACGUGGCUAGGCAACGCGAGGGAGGAGCCGUGGAAGAAAUGGCCCAUGUUCUGGACUGGUAGUGAGGUCGGUUUUGGUGUUCUGGCUUCUCUUCCCGAUACGAAUGAAGUGUUCCCGCUGCUGGGCAAGCCCCAUGAUUCUUUGCGGAGCGAUGCGAAACAGCAACUAAUCGAUCUGUGCAGUUACAGCGUGUCAUACCCCACAUACAAAGGUGCAAAGUACGACGCCUCCACAACCAAUCUUACCUACGCCAUCCCACCGCCGCCUAAGUUCCCCGGUGCCGACGACCUCGAGAUCACCCUGUCCUUCCUCUCCCCAAUCACGCCAACGUCGACUCUGCGGCAGUCGAUUCCGGCGGCAUACCUAACUGUAUAUGUGGAGGGAACUUUCGACGUAACCAUCUACAUUGACGUCAACGGGCAAUGGGUGAGUGGAAAUCGCGGCAACGUGAUUGAGUGGAGCCUCAAUGAGCAAGAACCCGUCGAUAAGAAAUCCGGGUUGAAGACAUGGAAAGUCAAAAGAAGGACGGAGCAGAUUCUGACCGAAAGCUGGGAUCAACCGGAGUGGGGUCAGUUGCAUUUCACCGCACCCCUGGAUGUGCGCCAUGAGAGUGGCACCUCGGCUGAGCUGCGCCAACGGUUCGCGCGGACCGGAACAUUGCAAAAUGAGGUUGACGGAUCAUUCCGUGGAAUCAUGGACGAGGAGCCAGUCUUUGCCUUCUCCAAGGCUUUCAAACUGGAAAAGAAAACUAUGGGAACUGCCGCGACUAAGAGUGACAGCGUGCUAUUCACUAUUGCGCAUAUCCAGGAUCCUGUAACGCAGUAUGCCUCCGCUCGAGGUCUGACUCUUAUGCGGCCAUUGUGGAAGUCAUGGCUUAUUGACGAUGAGAGCCUCAUCCAGUACCAUUACGGAGAUUUUGCAAAUGCCAAUGCGCUGGCCAGCAACUACUCCGAACAGCUUCGUAUUGAUGCCUACAAGUCGGGAUCUACCAACUACGUUGACAUUGUCGCAUUGUCUGCCCGCCAAGCUAUGGGUGCCACGAGUUUUUCGGGCACUCCGGAGAACCCAUUGUUGUUCCUCAAGGAAAUCUCUUCUAAUGGGAACUCUCAGACGGUGGAUGUUAUCUUCCCAGCAUUUCCAUUCUUCUUGUACACUAAUCCGAGGUGGGCUGCAUAUCUCCUGGAGCCUUUGAUCGAGCAUCAGCUGAGCGGCCAAUACCCCAACAACUACUCCAUGCACGAUCUUGGCUAUCACUUUCCCAAUCUCACAGGCCAUGCGGACGGUCGCGACGAGUACAUGCCGGUUGAGGAAUGUGGUGACAUGCUCAUCAUGGGCCUGGCGCUCGUGAACUCCAUGAGCUACAACUCAGACGAAGAAGCUCAGUCGAUUUGGUCUACCAUUGGAGAUAAAACUGACUACAGCACACAGAAUGAGAAACCCUUUGCUUUAAUGAAUCUUGGAACCGUCAACGGCAUUUCCAACAUCGAUGAUACAUGGGGUGGGGGCACAAAGGGCGUGAAGCAGGCUCGGAAGUGGUUGGAACCAAGUUACGACUUAUGGAAAAAGUGGACUGGAUAUCUCAUCGAGUUCAGCCUUGAGCCACAUAACCAGCUCUGUACCGACGACUUUGCAGGCUGGCUUGCCCUCCAAACGAACCUCGCGCUCAAAGGCAUCAUCGGCAUUAAAGCCAUGAGCGAAUUCUCCGACUUGCUCGACCGCACCGGCGAUGCCAAAGACUUCCGCAAUAUUUCCGAAACCUACAUCACUAAAUGGCAAGACUAUGGUAUCUCGCGCGACGGGUCUCAUGCUAAACUUGCGUAUGACUGGUAUGGAAGCUGGACUACACUCUACUCACUCUAUGCGGAUGCGGUGUUGUGUUUCCAUCCAUCGAUGACGAACAAGUCUUCCACGAAAGUAGAAGGCUUUGCAUCCGGUCGUCAUCAACACCAGCAACCCCUCCAACCAGAAAAAGGCUCUAACGGCCGCACGCCAAUCACAGAAGACUUCAUACCAAGCUACGUGUACAAAAUCCAAUCAUCCUGGUACUCAGCCGUCAUGCAAAAAUACGGCCUUCCACUCGACUCCCGCCACCUCUACACCAAAUCUGAUUGGGAGUUCGAGGCCGCGGCUGUAGCAUCCAAAGCUGUACGCUCGGAUAUUCUGGAUCGUGUGGCAAAUUGGCUCAAUGAGACGGUUACGGAUAGGCCAUUCACUGAUCUGUACAACACAGAGGGUGAUGGAGGAUUCCCAGGGCCGAAUUUCUUUGCGAGACCAGUAGUCGGUGGACAUUUUGCUUUUUUGACGUUAGAGAGGGCUUGCGGGGGCAAGGCGGUUGAGGGUUUGGCUUUUUUGGACGAAGAUGGAAACGAGCCUAGACCCUAG